AAAACCCUAAAAUUCAAUAUCUCCUAUUUCUGCAGUCUCAUCCCCUAGUAUCGACGCGAUAAUGGCGAACAACACAGUUUCUCGCUUUCUCCUCUCCAAACCCAAAACCCUAGCCUAUCUCGUAUCAUCUACUCGAUCUUUCUCCACCUCGUCUUCCUCCUCUGUUUCCUCUCUCUGCAGAACCCCUUCCCUCUCUUCCCCCUCCUUGUCACUGCUCUAUCGCCUCCGUCCUCUCGCCGCUGCGUCUUUCGCGCAGAGAUUAGGUGGUCCGGCGGUGCGCUCGCUUUCUACCCGUGCUACAUCGUCCUCGCUGAACGACCCUAACCCUAAUUGGUCCAACAGGCCUCCGAAGGAAACCAUCUUGCUCGAUGGGUGUGAUUUCGAACACUGGCUCGUGGUCAUGGAAAAGCCGGAAGGAGAUCCCACCAGAGAUGAGAUCAUUGAUGGCUACAUCAAAACCCUAGCUCAGGUUGUGGGCAGUGAGGAAGAAGCUAGGAUGAAAAUUUAUUCAGUCUCAACAAGGUGCUAUUAUGCAUUUGGGGCACUUGUGUCUGAAGAGCUCUCGUAUAAGAUCAAAGAAUUGCCCAGAGUUAGGUGGGUGCUCCCUGAUUCAUACUUGGAUGUGAAGAAUAAGGAUUAUGGAGGUGAGCCUUUCAUUGAUGGUAAGGCGGUUCCAUAUGACCCAAAGUACCAUGAAGAAUGGAUAAGGAACAAUGCACGGGCAAAUGAGAGAAACAGGCGUAAUGACCGACCUCGUAACAGUGAUAGAUCAAGAAACUUUGACAGAAGAAGGGAGAACAUGCAGAACCGAGACUUCCAGAACAGAGGGAUGCCUCCUGCACCUAAUCAAAGCAUGCAAACUGCUCCAAAUACAGGUGGAAUGCCUCCCAGCAUGAACCCCAACAACAUGGGGGGAAUGCAGCCAGACAACUAUGCGCCAAGGCCACCCAUGCCACCAAAUCAAGGAUGGUCUGGUAACAUGCAGAACUUCCAAAACAAUCCUAACCAAGGAGCCGUACCCAAUUACCAGAACAACUAUUCUCCAAACAGCUAUAACCAAGGAGGCAUUCCUAACCAAGGAGCGGCACCUAAUUACCAGAACAACUAUUCCUCAAACGUUCCUAACCAAGGAGUGUUUAAGUUGGUCCUUGGGAAAUCUGACCUCAAGGUGCAAAGUUUCCCUUCUGCCAUCUCUAGUUAGGAACAGCAAGUGAGCAAACAAAUAGUACUGCAAAACUAUAAAAAAAGAAAAAAAAGAAUGAUUGGAAUAAAAGUAACUUCUUCUAAUUCAAUUAAAUUGUUUACUUAAUAAAUUUAAGUGUUUUAA